AUGGUGUAUGCUUUUACGCUCCCAACUACUUCUCCCCUCGCAUUCCAAUCAUUUAUCUCAUCUCCCACGCAUCCGUCUCUUCCCCAGUCAGCUUCCACUGCCCGCCAUGCCCUUCGCCUCGCCCUAAAAGCUCACAAGCGCUUACCCCGCGGCCCGCGCCAGGAUGCCCACCUCUCGACCGUCCUGUCAGCAUUGAACGAGUAUAUGCCCUAUCUUUUUGCCAUAUCCAGUGGAUUAAAGAGCUGGUCGCCUCAGGAUCGCGCCGAGAAUGCUGGACAAGAAGGCAUUAGGUCUUCGAACGAGAAUCCUCGCAAUGGAGGAGCUAUUGAGAUCACUGUGCGCGCCGAGAUCGAGUCCGCCUGGAAGCCGACCCUAGCAGCUGGAAACACUUUGCACUUAGGGUCUGGAGCUCCGCGCGGCGGCCGGGUGACUAGGCGGGGCAUCGAUUUUGAGAUUGCAUUCACUCUUACGACUCUGGGCUAUGUAUUGAGCAGGCUCGCGCGGGCCGGAGUUCUAGAGUCUGUGUAUGCUUCCCAUACACUCGUGCCGGAAGCCCGGACUGCCGCUAUACAGAAUGCUUCCCGUCUCCUCCUGCAAGCUAGCUCCGUCCAUGGGCUACUUGCUUCGUCGCCUGCUUUUGCUGCUGCUACAAGCUCCACCGUCCCUGAUAUUGAUUCGACGACACAGUCGGCACUGGCCACUCUUGCGUUAGCUGAAGCGACCCUUUUGGCGGUGCUGAAGGACGAUGCAUGGAUGGUGAAAGCACCGGAGAUUCCCAAAGUCCGCGCGCUCUUGUUUGCAAGGCUGUGCGUUCGAGCCGCAGAAUACGCGGAGCAAGCUGCCGCUGGGCUCGACGCAGUUGGGACCGGAGCUUCUCGGGCAGGCCGCGUAGACGAGGACGUUUCUCGCUAUGCCGGGGUCUUGGGUCGGGUGGCUCGCGCCCGGGCGUGUCGGCUCUUUGGCGUCGAUGCGGAGCUUGCUGGUAAGGUCGGCGAGGGUAUUGCGUGGUUGCAAGCUGCGCGUGCUCCUCUUGGUCUGCAGAGAGCCGCUGGUUCGUCUUCCCAGGCAGAUGAUUCUGGCGCCCAAUCCAAAGGCGGGUUCUCCCGAUUAAAGCGUGAAUGGGCAGAGCGACGAGAGGAGCGUAAGGUUGAGAGGGAUGCUGGCACAGGACGUGGGGCCAAGGGUCCUCUUGAGCCUGGAGAUGAUGCAGGCCGUGAUGAGGAAGGUCGGGUCAUUUCUAUGCUGGAAACAAAAUGGGUCAAAAUGAACGAUACAGUAAAUACGCAGCUUAUCCCUCCGUCUGCUCCAUUACUAUCCAAUCUGCCGUCUGGGCGUGACAUACACUCACCUCCUGCACCAUAUCAACCUCCGUCCUUAGACGAGUCCCAAUUGUUGCGGAUGAGAGCGCCUGCGGACGACCAAUUUGAUCAGCAAUAUGGAAACGACCCAGAUGACAGUGAAGAAGAUGUCUCAGCUGGGGUUGGAAUACAAGGACCACCAGGGGGGGUUUCCGGACAGAAGCCAGACUGCUUCGAGCGGUUGACGAAGACGAGGGCAGAUUGGACCAAGGAAUUUCCCUGGUUGCUGAAAUUCGUCAAUCUUGGGACAUGA